AGUUCAGUGCUGAGUCUUUGUCUUUUAAGCAUCCAGGACUUUGUCUCCAGCUCUGGAUCUAGAACAGUGUCACACAGCAGGAGCAAGAAGCCAGUUACUGUCCUGCAAGGCCAGCACCAAAGCCUAAGGAGAAAUCAAGGGCCACUGAACACAAAAUACUGCUGAGAAUAAUGAGCAGAUUUUUAGAAUGUGUCUGCACGCAGCAAAAAGAAGGUGCCUGUGCUCAAGUAUGUAGCCUUUGUCUUUGCACAGAAAGCUCCCACGUGGCCCAGGGCCUCUGCACGAGCUGCUUAUUUAAGUGCAGAUUUAGGGUGGGUUCACAACCCAGCCGUGCUGAGCGUGGGGGCUGCUGGCUCCUGCUGCGAGAUGGUUCCUUUUGUUACCUGUCCUCGAGAAACUGGAGUCAGGGGAGGGUUGACACCUUCACAAUGGUGUUCAGACCUGAUUAAAGGAAAAUAACCGCAGCUGCUUCAGUUUCUAUCCCCCAGACGGCGCCUGGAUGACUCAUCUGUUUUGAGACGGCACCCACCCACAAAAGCUUCCAACAGGACAUGAGGAUGGAGCAGUUCAUGGCCAUGUUAAACAGGAAUAAAAACAAGGAUCCCCCACCCUCCAAGCUGCUGGAUCUAGCAGGAGAGCUUUGCCGGGACCUCCAGAGCUCGCCCCCUAGUCUGGAGAAGCUGGUUGGGGCCAUGAUGGGAUGCAAGCACAAGAUGUAUUUUCUCACUAACAUCCACAUUGUCCGGGCUUGCGUGUUCGUUCACAUCCGUAAUGGGCAGCAUGACGCAGCCUGCAGCCUCCUGGAGCACUGCAAGGCGGAAGAGAAGGAAGAACUGGUGCAACUUUGGCACGAGGUUCACUAUCGGAGGGAUAUGGAGAGACACCACAGGGAUUUUCUGACACCACUGCAGAAAUUCCGUUGCAGGAAGAGGUACUGACUGCAUCGUGGGGGGACCAACACUUUUUUCUCUGCUGUGGUUAGCAGAGGUAGGGGCUACAGAUGCAAAGACUGGUGUUGCAUGUCAAGAUACUGCUUCUUGGAGCUGUUUUUUCUCUUGGUGUUUUGAUCACUUGUGGCAAUGUGGGAAAAUUCCCAUGAAUGUCAAUGAUUCUCUUUGGGGUCUUUUUUAAUCCUGUUUUCUCCUGUGUACAGGAAUCCUCCACCUAUUUCCCUUUGUCCUGAAGGUUUGAAGACAAGAAACCAUCCAGAAGAAGUACGCCAGCACCUGUACAGGUUUGCUGCAGAGGUGACAGCAAACCCAGACAAGGAACAGAGGGUAGGGAUAUGUUACUUACAGUCAAGUCUCUUUGUCACAGAAAGCAGGACUCUGUCAUCAGAAAUCUGGAACUGGUGUUUUCAGAAGCCUCACUGGGGCUGGGAGUUCUUGUAUUUGAUCUUUCCCUAAAAGUUUCUUUAAAAAAAUCAUCAGGUUCAUGCUAAGUAAUUUCUCUUGCUGUGGACAGCAAGUUGAGGGCAACAAAUUCCUCUCUGGGUUUUUAACAGUUCUAAUUUUGUGGUGAUUGAGCACAGGCAGUGAAACAGCCGUCACUCAGAAGAGCUCUAUUACGGUGACAAAUAGUUCUGUCUGACUGGACUGAGUUACAGCCUGUGGAAAAUUGCACUUUGUUCACCAGAACGUGUUUUGUGCUGACUUAUCACAUCAGAUUCACAGCAUUUGAAAACACAACAGGCUGUGUUGAUGUGUGCGUGGAUCUACCUUCUUUGGACAGGGACAGAUUUGUAAUGGAAGUGAUGUGUGAAUUAAUUCAGUAAUCCUGGUUGAUCACUGCCUUGGAAGGUGAGAGCUUCAGACUUUGGAGGCUGCCUCUGUGAAGGUGUUCUUCUGGGGGGUGAAUGUGCUCUGGUGAGGGCACUAUUUGGUGAGCAAUAUAAUAGAGUGUGUGGUUUCCUUUAGCAAACAAAUUGUCUGGGGGUGCAGGGUGGAAUGUGUGUUUUCUGUCAGAUCUGAGGACAGAGGUCAACAACUCUGAGUUGGGGUCCUCAAUCGGAUCCACAGAGACUUCUUGGAGAUGUAGUGAGUAAACGUCUCUGGGUUUGAAAGCUCUUACUGGGCUGCUUUUGGAACUGAAGGGAAAAGCCUGAUUAUGUGGAUGUGGUUUAUUCUUUUCCCCUUAAUUUCUCCCUACACCUGGGUUUGCAGGAGGAAUUGGCUCGGGCCAUGAACCUGCAGCCAGCUCAGGUCUAUAACUGGUUUGCGAAUUAUCGGCGACGUCGAAAAUCCUGCGUCCUUCCUAUGGAACAGCACAACUCCUGUCCUGGGAGGGCUUGGCCUUCCCACGCAAAGGAGGAGCAGACUGCAGGUGGAUCUCAUGCAGGCACUGGUUCUGAGCAAAUGGAGAUAACCCUCCGGCCCUGGGAGCCAAGGUGGGAGCAGUCAGCUGCAGAUCUGAUUGAGCCUCCCAGAGGAACGUAUUUAGAGAUGCUGGAAUCCAGCUUUAUGCAGAGCACUGAGGUGUAUGAGGCAGGAACAAGCAUGGCUUUGUUCUCCACUCCCAACACUCAACAACCUGUACCUUUCUGCCCCGAGGCUGUGCUGGAACCAGGACCCUGCUUUAGCCCUGCAUGGCUGCAGCCCAGAGCAGCAGUGAGCAGUGCUGUGGCCAGCCCCCAGCUGGGGAGCUUGGUCCUGUACCCUUACAGGCCCCUUCCCAUCCUGGAUGAACACCUGGCCAUGUGGCAGAGCCCUUGCAGCACCAGAGGAGUCUCUGGCUCUGUGUGGACCCCAGAUAUAGAAGCAGGUAUCAGAGUUCCCUUGAGCAGAGUCCCUCAAGGUGGCUCUAUUGAAGGCAGUCCAGGAAGAAUCAUUCAGCAGUCAGAUUUAGAGGUUGAAAGCUUCAUCCUUAGAGAAGGACAGCUAGGGACCCUGGAAUCUAUUCCCCACAGUUCCUGUCAGACUGUGUUUGACAAGCCUCAGUGCCCACCUGUUUCUGCACCCUGCAUGGAAGAAAGCCAAGCCUUGGGACAAAGCCAGGUCCUGGAGGAUCCAGCUGGUGACCCGUUAAGCAGCGACACGUUCUGGGCAGCGUACCUGCUCUUUGAAUUGUCUGCCAGGGGACAGAUGUGACCUGCCUGCAGAGACACUCGGGGUGGGCUGCGCGUCCCCAGGAAACGCCCCAUCGAUGCCUAUUUUUUCCUCUUGUAUUUUUUUAUAAAUGAAUCAGGAGUUUGACAAGGGGAUGAAUAAGAGUGAGGGAGAAGGAUUGGAGGCGUUUUCAAGUGGUUACGAAGUUUGGUUUACUUACAGUUUUAUUAAGAAUUUUGCAAAGGAUAGAAGAAGCACUGUGGACUGUAGGUUUUUACUGGAGCAGUCUGAAGCUGUAGUGUAGAUGCUAAAAUUACCAAGGCACUUAUUCUGUGGCAGUUACAUGGAUUAUCCAUAGUACUGGUGAGAUCAGAGUCCUUCACUGCAUCAUGAAGGUAAAUUAAGCUCCUCUACUUUAAAGGAGUAAAAUUUAGUUAUAUUGCCUUACAGUGGAUAUUGAAUAACUUUUUCUCAGUUCUGGAAAACAAGGUGUCAGCUAAGUGCUGGUAAAAUACAGCUGUUUCUUAUCCCUGCUUUCCUGUUGUGCUGCAGGGUGUAACUUCUGGAAAGUUCCAUGUUCCGUAGUGCCACAGAUGACACAAACUGGAGCAUGGCAGAAAUUUCAGUGCUGAAGCUCUGGCAGGAAUGGGGGAGGUCAUACCAUGGUUUUGGUGUUUAAUACCAAGAAGUAGCAAGGUGCAGGUUUAAAGCUAAUCCUGCAAGUCAUGGGGAGUGGUCUUUUGGGUAUUUUCCCUUUAGGGUAUUUUUUGCAGUGUUACUGUGGGGGUUUAAAUCUGUGUUGGAGAAGGGGUCAUCUUUGCCAAACCUCCAGCCUGGAGAUACACGGAGGAGAUACUUCCCUUACCUUUUGUUACAAAGUUAGCAAAUAAAGGUUGUCAAUUACUGUUUCUCCAGGGUUCCUUUUUCAAGGUAGGGGUAUGAAGUGAUAAAUGUCACAUGACAGUUAUGUAUUAAAACCCAGCACCAGCUGCCCUGGGAACACUU